UCACCUCCUCUACUGUCAAAAUGAAGCUCUCCAUUGUGAUUGCUGGUCUUCUUGGAGUCUUCCUAACUCCAUCUCUUGCUACUGAUAAUGUGAACGAAAACAAUCAGGGAAACAAAGGUGGAAAUUCACACCAGACUGUGAACAUCAACAACGAUAGGCACGUGGCCAACAUUGACACAAACAAUGGCUGGAACUCAUGGAAUUCUGUUUGGGACUACGGCAAUGGCUUCAUGGCAACCAGGGUAUUUUCCAAGAAAUCUUGCAUCAUUGCUAAAAUGAACAAAAAUGCCAUGCCUGAUAUUGCAGUCAUUCCCAAACUGAUUAGCGAAAGGAAGAAGACCGGAGCUCAAGAGCCUCCUCCGAAGGAACUGAGAUUCAUUGUCUCAAAGACCAGAGUCCCUGAUCUGACCCCUUACGGAAAGAACAUUGAAGCUUUAUGCAGAGGACUUCCUACCUACGUGGCUCAUGAGGCUGAGAGAGCGAAAGGAGCAAACUACUUCUCUAUAGACUGCGUUGAUGCUAGCAUCCUGUGGGUUAUUAAUAUUGGCUUCUGUGGCGUUUCAUCCAAGUAGUAAAUUCUUCACUGCUUGGAACUGGUCUGACAAUGUGUCCGCUGAUUGGAUAAAAUCAGUUCUGUCAUUAUUCUUCCCAUGACACUCCAUUUUCUUGAUGUUUUGUCUUUGUCUUCCCUUUAUGCUUUGUGUGUAGAAAAACCUAGGCUGUUACGAUGUCUGUCAAUUAAAUACAUUUAGCAUUGGAAUCAGGUGUGUCU